UACCACAGUUGCUGUAACAUACAGUUGAAGAGGAGGAUAGUCAUCAUUAUUAAAGUAACUUCAGCUCACGGUCUGUUUCUCAUGUAGACCAAUCAUGCUGCCGGAGGGAACUGAGCCGACAAACUGUACUCUGUGUUACUGUGCUCUGACCAACAAGAUUUUGAUGGUCGUUUUUAUGGUUAUCUUGAUUUUUGCUAUCUUGUUCGGCAAUUCGGUGACUUUAGCCGUAUUGUGCGGGACUAAGCACUUUCAUACGCCCCAGGGAUAUCUGAAAACGUCGCUAGCGGUGGCUGACUUGGCGGUAGGGAUAUUUGUGGUGCCAGUCUCCGUUUACGCAGAGGUGUCGCUUAUGUUGAACAACUCCGCGCCAGAAUGGAUCGUGAACAAUUCACAAGCAACGGCUUUUCACCCGUGCAAUUUAAUUGGCCCCAUUUUCGCUGGCUGCACCUUUGUGUCCAUUACGACUAUAUUUUUCCUUACUAUCGAACGGAGCAUCGCAGUUUUAAGACCGUUGCACAAAGAAUCAGUCAUUACGCGCAAACGGACCACUAUCAUCAUACUCUUCUCAUGGGUGGGAAGUUUCUUUCUGGCAGUGUCUCCUAUGAUUUUCAGCGAUGAAAUUGCCCUCGAAUAUAACCUUUGUAGUAGAAUGUGCAAUUACGCACUAGGCACCAUCGACACGUUUCCUUCCCAGGCAUGGAACAUUCUCCUGCUCUUUCCCGCGUUUGAUUUCACACUCCUUGGUGGAACCGUGGUGAUAAAUAUAAUUUCAUUGUCUAGCAUACGCCAGAACUCAAAGCAGAGAAAACAUCUGGCUGAAGGCGAAUGCCAAAGCGGCUCCAGACCCACUUUCUCAGAUAUCAAGGCUGCCAAAACAAUAGGGACCUUAACGCUGGCUUUUACCGCAUCCUUCACCCCCAUUGCUGUCUUUGUCGUGGGAAAUGUUCUUGGAAACGAAUGGUGCAACUUUUCGCUUUUUGCUUUUUGGAUACUGACUACGAAUAGCUGUUGGAAUGUUAUAAUAUACAGCGUGAGAGACCAGAAGUUUAGGCUGCGCGCGCACAAGCUUUUGAUUCCUUCCCAAAUCAAUAAUGUCACCAAGACCUCAAAAACUGUGGACAUUUUGUCUUAAUUUUAUUUUGACAUAUUUGUACAUGUCGAAAUGACGGACUUAUGAUAAAGGUACCAAACACAAUGUAAUAACGAAAGAAAAACAGCCUACAGAAAAAUGCUAGGUUAUGGUAUCUCUGUGAUCGAUGCUUUACGCCCACACCUGUUAGGGCAGGGAUCAUCAACUAGGUUCAGCCGCAGGCAGAUUUGUUUUCUUGAACGUAUGGUUAAUUGAACAUAAUAAAAUAAACCGGUGAGCCUGGCAAUUACUAACAUAACCCGUUCAAAGGCACUUAAAUUUGUUGUCUUGUCCUUUCACCCUCUGAAUGGCACACAUACACAAUCCAUGUCUCAAUUGUCUCAAGGCUUAAAAAUCCUUAUGUAACUAGUCCCUUCCCCUUCAUAUACACUGAUUGAAGUGGAUUUAAUACAGUGACAUCAAUAAGCUAUCAUAGCUUUCACCUAGAUUUACCUGGUCUGUCUAUGUCAUGGAAUGAGGUGUUCUUAAUGCUUUUCCUACUCAUUGUAUAUCUCUCAAAUUUGUUUUUGAAUACUUUGGAACAGAUUCCAAAAAUGAAAAUCACUUGGAGCUGCUUUGCUGGUGUUUUUACAGUAUUUUAUGUCCAACAAUAAAAAAUCAAAUGACAUCAUAAAAGCAUAUCACGUUUCCAAUAUGAUGGUAUAACAGCUGUGUCUUAGGUUAUGUCAUGUUCAGCGCACACUUAGCCAUUUUGUGAAAUGAUUGUUUUGUCAGCAAUACUUG